GAUGAGCACGUGAAAAUGGUCCGUGUGUGAAAAGGUCUGUCAUCAGGCAAAUACCAGCAAACACCGGGCUGCUGGACGUGGCUGGGAAAGUUCAGCAGAAUGGAUACAUUGUUAGAAUCGGCGCUUGUCCUGCGUGCCCUGGUUGUAAUCGGGGGUUUCACUGUUUUGUUUUAUUGCUGUAAAUUUACGUGGAAAUGCUGGCGCGGCUUUCGGGUUUACGUGCUGUCAGAGUACUGGCGAGCGGAUCUGAGAGCUUAUGGACAGUGGGCCGUUGUUACUGGGGCAACCUCUGGAAUUGGAAAAGCUUAUGCAAUGGAGUUGGCCAGCAGAGGACUGGAUGUGGUUCUGGUCAGCAGGUCAGAAGGGAAGCUGCAGGCUGUUGCCAAGGAGAUAGAGCGUAUGUAUGGGAGACAGACUCGGAUCAUCCAGACAGAUUUCACGGAGGGUCCACAGAUCUAUCCUCGCAUCGCAGAGAAGCUGCAGGGCUUGGAGAUCGGCAUUCUGGUAAACAACGUGGGUAUGAACUAUGCGGGAAUGUUGGUCAGCUUUUUGGACGUUCCGGACCCUGAGCAGAGAAUAACUCAGGUCAUCAACUGUAACAUCCUGUCCGUCACCCAGAUGACCCGACUUGUUCUUCCACACAUGGCGGAAAGGCAUAAAGGGCUGAUCAUUAACGUGUCCUCGGAGGCCGCCUCUGCGCCCCAGCCCCUGCUCAGCCUCUACUCGGCCACCAAGAUCUUCGUGACCUACUUCUCCAGAUGCCUCAACUCGGAGUACAGAUCCCAGGGGAUCACAGUGCAGUGUGUGACUCCUUUCAUCGUAUCCACCAACAUGACCUACAACAUCGAGGUGGGGGCCUUCGUGAAGAGCGCACCGGCCUACGCCCACGAGGCCCUCAAUACGGUGGGCUACUCCAGCUUCACCAGCGGCUGCAUCCUACAUGCCCUGCAGCACUCUGCACUCUCCGUCUUCUUCCCCGAAUGGUUUCGUCUGUCCUCGUUCUCCGUGAGGCAGAUGGAGCGAUUCGCCCGGAGCCACCAGCAGCAGAUCGAGGCCAUGAUACAGGAGUCGCAGAAGAAGCAGAAUUAAAGUCGGCAGUGUGUGUCUGUCACGUGCACUGGAGGUGGAUGCUGGGGGGGGGGGGAGGGGGGCGAGGGGAGGGCAGUGGGUUAGGGUGAGCCACCGGAGCUGAUAGCACGUCGCUAAUUAGGCUACGCUCACCAGGCUUCGCGGCGCACGACAAGCCGGCAGAAAGACGUCGGAGUGGCUUUGAGGGUGGAGCUCUAACAUGUGACCCUGUCUGCCAUGACACCACCUUCUUUGACCCCAUAAUAUGCAUAAACACUUGAAUGAGGUUGUCACGGAAACGUCACAUAACCUGAAAUGAAUGCGGAGCAACUCGCUGUCUGUUAGUCCACCACAGUGCUGUAGUGUAUUUUUAUACUCAAUAAAUGGCAGUAUUUUUG